UUUCAGCUUCACAAAAAUGGGAUGAGUUUUGGCAUUUUAUUUGGGUUUUUGAUGAUAGUUGGAAUGGUAUCUGCUAGCUGUUUUGUUUGCUCGUCACCGAAUAUUGAAAAUCACUAUGGCUCAUUUUUCGAGAAUCCUCGAGAAAUUCAGCCAACCUAUGCUGGACGUGUGAUUGAUUGUGAGAAGAAUGAAUUCAAAUCACAAGACUGCCCGGGUCCGUGUUUUUCAUUAAAUGUUUCCAGCUCUGUGAUAGAUUCGGAUUUUGGAACUUCAUAUGGCUGCUCGACAGGAAUCAUUCCUGACGAUGUGGAUGGGGAAGAAGCUUGUACAACAAAGACUAUAUCGAUUAGAACAUCUCCAAUUUAUUCAGUCACUGCGACAUACUGUUUGUGCUCUGAAAAUAAUUGUAAUCCACCCAUACAUCCCGUGAUUCGGAGAAGGUCGAAACCCGUGAAGAACAGUGGAAAAACGGUUUACUUCGCGAAUCAAUCGGAUCGAAUUUCGAAUUCUGUAGACAAUUUGAGGUGUUUCUUAAGUUUUUUGUACUUAAUUUUAAUAGUUGUAAUAUAGUUUCAAUAAAAGCGUAUUUAAAUUAAUUUCAUUUAAAACGUCUGUGUUUUUAAAGUAGGAAACCCACUCUCAAUACAUAUGUACCAAUUUUUUUUCGCUCCAUUAAAUUUAAAAUUGUCUGAAAACUCUAAAUUUCAUUAUGGAACUUCUUGCAAACUUUUCCAAAAAGAGUUAUGGCGGUUCAAAAAAUGACAUAAAAUUUGUUAAAAUUUG